AUGGAUUGGUUGGAGUUUAGUUCCAAAAGGAUAGGAGCUUCUUUGGCCAUCUUUGCCAUAGCUUUCUCUCUAAUCAUACUAACACUCACCCCAAAUUAUGGUUAUUUUGAGGAGUUUUUAAAAAGUAAGGUAAUAAAUGGAAAAGAUCACAAUGUUACAACAAAGGACAUUGCUCCGGAAGAAAUAACCCAAAAAGUCAAUGAUAAAGCAAAAGAAGACAAGAAUUUUACAGGGUCAAAUGAAGGUUCAAAAACUAAUGCUUCUGAGAGAUUCGAUGGACUAAUAGUCCUUUCAAGAUUUGAUGAAGGGUCAUGUUUAAGCAGAUUUAAAUCCUACUUAUAUCACAGAGCAUCCCCUCAUAAACCCUCUCCAUAUCUCAUAUCCAAACUACGCAACUAUGAAGAUCUUCACCAGAGUUGUGGACCAAAUACUGCACCUUACAACAGGACCAUGACAAUGCUCCAAAAACAUAGGACCAAUGCUACCUAUGAAUGUAACUACGUUGUGUGGACCACUUCAGAUGGCUUAGGGAACAGAAUAGUGAGCAUGGUUUCAGCAUUUCUCUAUGCAAUCCUAACAGAUCGAGUCCUACUUGUGGAAUUUAAGGAUGAUAUGGUUGGUCUAUUUUGUGAACCAUUUCCGAAUUCAUCAUGGAUAUUACCCAAGGACUUCCCUUUUAGAAAAAACAAAGGACAUGUUAGAACAUAUGAUAGCAUCUUAAAGAAACACAAGGAAAACAAUUCAAAGGAGAUUUUACCAUCAGUUCUGAAUUUGAUGUUAAGACAUACCCCUGAAGAUCAUGAAAGGUUUCUCCGAUGCGAUGAUAGCCAACAUCUUCUACAAGAAGUUCCUUUCUUGUUUUUGUGCUCAAAUCAAUAUUUUGUACCUUCUCUUUUCAUGGUUCCAUCCUUCAGUCAAGAGCUAAGUAAAAUGUUCCCUAAGAAAGACACUGUCUUUCACCAUUUGGGACGCUACCUCUUUCACCCUUCAAAUGAGGCAUGGGGACCGAUUAGCAGAUUCUAUGAAGCAUAUUUAGCCAAAGCUGAUGAGAGGAUUGGCAUCCAAAUAAGAGUAUUUAACCCUCAUGAAAGCCCAUAUCAAACCGUGAUGAAUCAGGUUUUAAAUUGCACCCUAAAGAAUAAUAUACUACCCAACAUUAGCACUGAAGAUUCAAAACAUUUUGCCGUGAAGAAUCGGACUUUGAAGUCUGUUCUUGUAGCAUCUCUUUAUCCAAUGUAUGGUGAGAACUUGAGGACUACGUAUUUGACAAGACCAACUGUUUCUGGGGACGUGGUAAGUGUUCAUCAGCCAAGUCAUGAAGGGCAUCAAAAGUUUAAUGAUAAGAAGCAUAACUUGAAGGCGUGGUCAGAAAUGUAUCUAUUAAGUUUAUGUGAUGUUUUGGUGACUAGCUCUGCUUCAACUUUUGGGUAUGUGGCUCAAAGUUUGAGAGGCCUGAAACCAUGGGUUCUGCAUAACUUGCAAAACCAGAAAAUCCAGAAUCCUCAAUGUGUGAGAGACUUCUCUAUGGAACCUUGUUAUCAUUUUCCUCCUAAACUUGAUUGCAUGGGAAAGCCCAUAGAUGAUAUUGGUAAAGCUUUUCCAUAUAUAAGGAGAUGUCAAGAUUAUGAAAUUGGUGUUAAGUUGGUAAACGAUUAUGAGUAA